AGAUAUAAUCGUAUAUACAUUAUGCAUAGUGUACUUAAAACUGCCGUUUGGCUCUCGGCCUGUGGUGGCCUCCAUCUAGUCGGUGCAAACCCCGUCAAGCUCACACACAUGGCUAUAGACGAGCACUCCGAUAUUAAUAUCCUCCCACAAGACAGUCUGACACACUUAUCUGCGCAUGUGACCUCGAAAAACGAAUCGCCGAAGGUGUUCGUACACGCCACCGCCCAGGAAGCCUUGACGGACAAGGGCGCAGCGGCAGCAGCGUCGUUCAAAAAUGAGUACAACACAACGGGAUGGGACAAAUUAUGGGUCACCACGUCAGAGAAGGAGAAUGUGGAGAGCGCUCUGUUCGCCGCAGGCUAUCUCGAGGGUAUGUUAACGUGGCAGAGCAUAUACUCGUCAUGGGUAAACAUGCGUGCUGAUUGGUUCGAUGGAGGGCUUAUCCCCAUUGGCCUGCAAGAGUGGAUCGCCGACAACAUCGAAUGGACCCGCUACAAUGCGGAACACGACCUCGAUCACUGGACACAGCGAGAACGAGCUUUCUGGGCUGGUGUCAACAACACCAUCGAUCAGCUAGAUGGCUUGGUCAUGGGCUAUCAAGACCAUGCAGAUGCCGCAAGGGAACUAACCAAGGUGGAUAUCUACAUGCUGAGCGCCGACGGUGAUCUAGAGACUUUGGUGCCCAUGUACACCGAAGAAAGCAGGAAGGAGAAGGCUGAGCAGGAACAGAACGAAUGGGAGAGCGGACAGGAGGAGCAGCGCAAGAACGAUCGAUGUAGUGCACUGUUCAAGGUGCUUCCAGACAAGUCGGAUAUAUUCAUGGGCCACGCAACCUGGGACCAUUACCAGCUGAUGGUACGGCAAUUGAAAACGUACGACUUCCGGUUACAGUGCAGUCCUGAGUCGAUAGCCAGAGGCGAGUGUGAGGUGCAACGCAAUGCCAUCUCGUUCAGCUCUACGCCCGGGUUCUUGUGGUCGCUGGAUGACUUCUACCUAACCACGGCGGGCCUGCUUGUGAUGGAGACAACCAACAACAACUACAAUGACGCACUGACACACACCAUCACCCACAAGUCCGUCCCGUGUUGGAUCAGAGGUACUGUGGCCAAUCUCUUGGCUGAAGACCCUGAGGAGUGGUCUGAGAUCUUUGGAAUCCACAACUCAGGCACGUACGACAGUCAGUGGAUGGUACUCGAUCUCAAUCAGUUCACUGCGGGCCAGGACCUGCCGCCUAAGUCAUUCUAUGUCCUCGAGCAGUUGCCAGGCAUCAUCCGAUACCAAGAUAUGACCCAGCAACUCAACGAAGAUGGCUACUGGGCCUCAUACAAUGUACCGUACUUCCCCGAGAUCUACGAAAAGAGCGGAUGGAGCGACAAGUACGAGAAAGGGGGCGACGAGUGGUCACACGAGAAGUGCCCACGCGCAAACAUCUUCAGACAGCAGCAGUCGUCGGUGACGGAUAUGGACUCGAUGAAGCGCAUGCUGCGGUACAACGACUACGAGAACGAUCCGCUGUCACUGGGCCAACCAGGCAAUGCUGUCGCCGGGCGUUGGGAUUUGGCCAAAGGGGAAAAGUUUCAACUCGACGGAGCAAUCGACGCGAAGGUCACGAACAUCGCCAUGGGACGGGAUAUGAAAUUCUGGGCUGUCAACGGACCUACAAGCGACCAACAGCCCGUGUUUACAUGGAAAGCCUAUGAGAAUAUCACACACAUGGGUCAACCAGAUGUCUUCGAUUUCGACUGGGUUGAGUUCCAGCCGUUUCCGUAGCAGGGAGCGGAGUAAAGUGGGAAGUUACUUUAGCUAGCAUAUAUAUAUUGAAGCUAACGUAUAUAUGAGUAUAAAUUCAUAUAUUUAUGUAUGUAUAUAUAUAUAUAUAUCGAACAGAAGAAAAUGAGGUGGAAAUUAGAUAAGGUGCAGAUGUAAGGUGUAUUGUUUCGCCUCACCUGUAUUUGUCUACUAAUGGAAUGCUUGCGCUGUCCAUAGUAUGAGCAAGGCACGAGUAAUUUAGAGCAUGUACAUGCUAUGGUGCGUGUAGUUGUAUAUAUAUAUAUAUAUAUAUACGCACAAUGAUGCAUGCAGACAUACACAUGUCCGCAUGAGCAUCCGUGUGAAUACAGUGUGCACACUCCAGUCACGUAGGUAAAUCUAUCUGAAUUAGAAUGUAUGCAAAAGCCAAUAAAAUAGUGAAACUAUACGACCUG